UCUUAACACACCCCACGUUUCACAGCUUCAUGCCAAGAAUGUAGGAUUCUUUUAAUCUCAAGAAAAUGGAGAGUUGAUUGACUUGGAUAUGAUAUUUAUUGACGAAAAGAUGUGGUGCGUUGUUUGUGCGGAGUUGGAGACAUGGAGACUGCUGGCUCGAGGUGGAAAAAAAGGGGCAUCCAUAUUAUUACUGAUUAGUGAGGUUAGCUUCGCCACCAGCUACGCAAGCAAAAUAUAUGUGAAUCUCAAUGUAGACUACAUAAUUUCUUUGAUCCAAAAGUUUGCGACCAUGUCUGCUGGAGUACAAACUAUUGAACGCUCUAAUGUUAACAACAUUCCGAUUGAGGAAGAGAUGUUUUUGAACAGGAUGAACAUCAAGGAGUUGUUGGAUUAUGACUGGAGUCCUGAACUAGAGGGAAAAAGCUUAUUGGGGGAUGAAAAAGAACCAGAGGAGCGACAGUCAAAAAGAUUAAUAAAAAAAAGAACCAAACAGGCUGCCGAUGUCUCAUUGGAUAACUUGGAACACUCUGGCAAAGAUCAACAUGUUAAUGAUGUUGUAAAGAAUAGAAAGAGAAGAAACAUAAUCAUAGAUGACGAUGAAUUUAGCGAUGGAGACACCAAUAUUUGCAAACAGAAGAGUCUUUAGCAUUGCUUCUAGCAUAUUGUGUUAGCUUAAAUAAAAGUGUUUGGACUUCUUUUACUUUUCUGUUUAGUGUCAACAGUAGAUAUGCAUUAAUGAAUUUGUCUGUUAUUGUCAUUUAACU